AUGGGUACGCGCUUAUUUGUGAUUUGUGCUCUAUUUGUGAGCUGUGGCAUGUUGCUGCAGCCCACACAUGGUGCUAAAAUUCUAUCGGUGUUCCCCUAUUCGGGACCAUCACAAUAUAUUUUUAUUUCGCCGCUACUGAAGGCAUUGGCGGAAAAGGGCCAUGAAGUCACUUCCAUUUCGACGUUUCCCCAAAAGGAAAAGUUGAAGAAUUUCCGUGAUGUUCCGGUCAUGGAAAAUAGCAAGGUGUUUGAUGAAAUGAUAACGGAAAUGACAACCGAAACCACCAAGAAGUCAUUCUUCGAAGAAUUUGUGGAACUCAGCAGCCUGGGUGUUAUGGUCAGCAGCAAUGUUCUGGAAAACUCUGAAGUAAAACAUCUUCUGAAAAAUGAAAAAUUCGAUUUGAUCAUCAUUGAGGUUUUAAGCACGGAAUCGUUAUUGGGUUUAGGCGAAUAUUUCCAGGCACCCAUGAUUGGAGUCUCCACCUUUGGAACAAUUAAUUUCAUCGACUAUUUAACGGCAAAUCCCUCACCACCCUCAUAUAUACCACACAUGAGUUUGGAUUAUGGCAACCACAUGUCGUUGUGGGAACGGACGGUGAAUGUCCUCUCAUAUCUUGUGGAUGAGGUUUGCUUCAAUUAUCUAAUUCUACCCGGUCAAGAACAAGUCUAUAGGAAAUAUUUCCCCAAUGCCAAACUGAGCCUGGAUGAGGCUCGCAGAAAUGUCUCAUUGGUGUUAUUGAAUGAUCACUUUACAUUGAGGGCACCACGACCCUAUGUACCCAAUAUGAUUGAGGUGGGAGGUUUACAUAUCAAGCAAAAACCCGACCCCUUAUCCGAAGAUUUACAAAAGUUUUUGGAUAACUCACCCGAAGGUGUAAUUUACUUUUCCAUGGGCUCCAAUGUCAAGAGUAAAGAUUUACCUCCACAAACCCUUAAGGCCAUAAUGUCCACCUUUGAAGAGCUGAAAAUCAAGGUACUAUGGAAAUUCGAAUUGGAAGAGUUGCCAAAUAAACCCGACAAUGUCCUCAUACGCAAAUGGUUUAAUCAACCCUCCGUAUUGGCUCAUCCAAAUGUUAAACUUUUCAUCUCCCAUGGUGGCUACUUGAGUACCACCGAAACCAUUUUCCAUGGUAAACCCAUUUUGGGUAUACCUGUUUUGGGUGAUCAAUUUAUGAAUGUUAAAAACUCUGUCAAAGCUGGUUUUGCUCUCAGUAUUGAUUUGAAAACUUUAACAAAGGAGGAAUUUAAAGGCAAAAUUGAAGAGUUGUGGUCAAAUCCUAAAUAUACAAAUGCUGUGCGGAAAUUAUCAAAACGUUACCGGGAUCAACCAUUAACGCCUCUGGAAACUGCAAUUUAUUGGGUGGAGUAUGUUCUAAGGCAUGAAGGAGCUCCUCACAUUCGCAAUGCGGGACAAGAUUUGACAUAUAUGCAAUAUCAUAAUAUUGAUGUUUAUCUAUUGUUAACAAGUUGUAUUUUUGUUGUUGUGUUAGUGAUUGUGAAAGUUAUUGGCCUUGUUAAGAAAAUUGUAGGUGGUAGUUCGAAGGAAACAAAAAAGUCGAAAGUUAAGAAAAACUAA